AUGUCGUACACGGCCCCUCCACAACGCUUCACCUUUGAUGGCUUCCUCUUCGACAUGGACGGCACCAUCAUCGACUCAACAGAGGCCGUCGUGAAGCACUGGCACACCGUCGGCAACGAAAUAGGAGUCGCGCCCGAAGUCAUCCUCGAGACCUCGCACGGCCGUCGUAGCAUCGACAUCUUGAAGAUUCUGGCCCCUGAAAAAGCAAAUUGGGAGUACACGCGUGAGAUGGAAGGCCGCCUCCCGAAACUCUACGGGGGAGACGCCGUCGAGAUCCCUGGGGCAAGGGCACUCCUCGACGCCCUCAUCGCGAAGUCGGCUCCCUGGGCCAUCGUCACCUCGGGGACUGAACCCCUUGUGGGCGGGUGGCUCGACGCGCUCAAGCUGCCGCAGCCUCAACACCUCGUCACCGCCGAGUCCGUCGAGAACGGUAAGCCGGACCCGACCUGCUACCGCAUUGGCCGCGCGAAGCUGGGCCUGGGAGACGCUUCCAAGCAGGUGCUCGUCCUCGAGGAUAGCCCCGCCGGCAUCAGGGCCGGUAAGGAGGCUGGGUGUAAGGUGCUGGGCCUCGUCACGAGCCACACCGUUGAGCAGGUCGUGGACGCGGAACCCGAUUGGAUCGUCAGAGACCUCGAUUCUGUCAAGGUCGUGGAGAGUCGCGACGGUGUCGUCACGCUGGAGUUUACCGACGCCCUCGUUUCGAAGCCUUAG